AUGGGUGGGAUGAAUAGGAAGGUUUUGGAGAUUGUUUCCAGGCUGCCGCUACAUGCUCAUACGAAGAAGGUUAUUGCAGAUAAUGUAGGUUCGGUUGGAAAAGGUGAGUUUAAAAGGGUUGAUGUAAUUGAACCUAUAAAUAGGUAUUUGCUGAGCGGGGAGGUGUCUUACUUGAGAAGGGUAAUAUUUGAUGUUUAUUUUCGUAUAUUAAACCCCAAAGCUGAGCAUGUCAGACAAUUUGAGCGUUAUUUGAAGGAGUUGCAAUUGUUCUGGCCGUAUGAGAGGCAUAGUUGUUUGCUUUCUGGUGAGCGGCCAUACAAGGAUUCGGCUAGGUAUUUAUGGAGCAGGAACAAUGCCAAGGUACUGGACAUCAUGAGGUAUGACAGGCACUUGUGGUUACGAGAUCGCGAACCCAAGUUUUCGUUGGAUUCCAUCUUUGGCGAGCCAUUCACGCAGCAGUUGCAGUAUUUGCGGCAUGAGAAGGACAAGAAUACAUUGGGUGAGACGGAACGAAUCGCACUUUUGAAGCUUAUAUUCUCGCACUACCUAUUUGUUAAAAGCAGACCCACUCUUUGUGGCCACAAAAACCUACCUAUACCAAUUGUAGAGGUAGGCAUGAGCCCUUUGGGAGAGGAUAUGCCAGAUGUACGUAUAGACAAUCUUUUCAGGAAGCGAUCCAAGGCUACUUUAAAAACACUGCUUCACGAUUUUCCUCCUCUAUCUAGGGAAGUAGAGUCGUUAUUACACUCUAUAAUUAAAGAGUGUGACAGAAGUAUGGGGAGGCUAUAUAAAUGGUCCUGCAACGGCGCGUAUACAAUGGACCCGAAGACAAAUCAAUUCGAGGUAAGUUCCCUGUGCAGGAUGUUAUGA